GGACUCAGGGAAUGGGUCAAGGGACUGAGGGAAUGGGUCAAGGGACUGAGGGAAUGGGUCAAGGGACUGAGGGAAUGGGUCAAGGGACUGAGGGAAUGGGUCAAGGGACUGAGGGAAUGGGUCAGGGGACUGAGGGAAUGGGUCAAGGGACUGAGGGAAUGGGUCAAGGGACUGAGGGAAUGGGUCAAGGGACUGAGGGAAUGGGUCAAGGGACUGAGGGAAUGGGUCAAGGGACUCAGGGAAUGGGUCAAGGGACUCAUGGAAAGGGUCAAGGGACUGAGGGAAUGGGUCAAGGGACUGAGGGAAUGGGUCAAGGGACUCAGGGAAUGGGUCAGGGGACUGAGGGAAUGGGUCAAGGGACUGAGGCAAUGGGUCAAGGGACUGAGGGAAUGGGUCAAGGGACUCAGGGAAUGGGUCAAGGGACUGAGGCAAUGGGUCAAGGGACUGAGGGAAUGGGUCAAGGGACUCAGGGAAUGGGUCAAGGGACUGAGGGAAUGGGUCAAGGGACUGAGGGAAUGGGUCAAGGGACUCAGGGAAUGGGUCAAGGGACUGAGGGAAUGGGUCAAGGGACUGAGGGAAUGUCUCAGGGGACUGAGGGAAUGGGUCAAGGGACUGAGGGAAUGGGUCAAGGGACUGAGGGAAUGGGUCAAGGGACUGAGGCAAUGGGUCAAGGGACUGAGGGAAUGGGUCAAGGGACUGAGGGAAUGGGUCAAGGGAGUGAGGGGAUGGGUCAAGGGACUGAGGGAAUGGGUCAAGGGACUCAGGGAAUGGGUCAAAGGACUGAGGGAAUGGGUCAAGGGACUGAGGGAAUGGGUCAAGGGACUCAGGGAAUGGGUCAAGGGACUGAGGGAAUGGGUCAAGGGACUGAGGGAAUGUCUCAGGGGACUGAGGGAAUGGGUCAGGGGACUGAGGGAAUGGGUCAAGGGACUGAGGGAAUGGGUCAAGGGACUCAGGGAAUGGGUCAAGGGACUGAGGGAAUGGGUCAAGGGAGUGAGGGAAUGGGUCAAGGGACUGAGGGAAUGGGUCAAGGGACUCAGGGAAUGGGUCAAGGGACUGAGGCAAUGGGUCAAGGGACUGAGGGAAUGGGUCAAGGGACUGAGGGAAUGGGUCAAGGGACUGAGGGAAUGGGUCAAGGGACUGAGGGAAUGGGUCAAGGGAGUGAGGGAAUGGGUCAAGGGACUGAGGGAAUGGGUCAAGGGACUCAGGGAAUGGGUCAAGGGACUGAGGCAAUGGGACAAGGGACUGAGGCAAUGGGUCAAGGGACUGAGGGAAUGGGUCAAAGGACUGAGGGAAUGGGUCAAGGGACUGAGGGAAUGGGUCAAGGGACUCAGGGAAAGGGUCAAGGGACUGAGGGAAUGGGUCAAGGGAGUGAGGGAAUGGGUCAAGGGACUCAGGGAAUGGGUCAAGGGACUGAGGGAAUGGGUCAAGGGAGUGAGGGAAUGGGUCAAGGGACUGAGGGAAUGGGUCAAGGGAGUGAGGGAAUGGGUCAAGGGACUGAGGGAAUGGGUCAAGGGACUCAGGGAAUGGGUCAAGGGACUGAGGGAAUGGGUCAAGGGACUGAGGGAAUGGGUCAAGGGACUGAGGGAAUGGGUCAAGGGACUGAGGGAAUGGGUCAAGGGACUCAGGGAAUGGGUCAAGGGACUCAGGGAAAGGGUCAAGGGACUGAGGGAAUGGGUCAAGGGACUGAGGGAAUGGGUCAAAGGACUGAGGGAAUGGGUCAAGGGACUGAGGGAAUGGGUCAAAGGACUCAGGGAAUGGGUCAAGGGACUCAGGGAAAGGGUCAAGGGACUGAGGGAAUGGGUCAAGGGACUGAGGGAAUGGGUCAAGGGACUGAGGCAAUGGGUCAAGGGACUGAGGGAAUGGGUCAAGGGACUGAGGGAAUGGGUCAAGGGACUCAGGGAAUGGGUCAAGGGACUCAGGGAAAGGUUCAAGGGACUGAGGGAAUGGGUCAAGGGAGUGAGGGGAUGGGUCAAGGGACUGAGGGAAUGGGUCAAGGGACUGAGGGAAUGGGUCAAGGGACUGAGGGAAUGGGUCAAGGGACUCAGGGAAUGGGUCAAGGGACUCAGGGAAAGGUUCAAGGGACUGAGGGAAUGGGUCAAGGGACUGAGGGAAUGGGUCAAGGGACUCAGGGAAUGGGUCAAAGGACUGAGGGAAUGGGUCAAGGGACUGAGGGAAUGGGUGAAGGGACUGAGGGAAUGGGUCAAGGGACUGAGGGAAUGGGUCAAGGGACUGAGGGAAUGGGUCAAGGGACUCAGGGAAUGGGUCAAGGGACUCAGGGAAAGGGUCAAGGGACUGAGGGAAUGGGUCAAGGGACUGAGGGAAUGGGUCAAGGGACUGAGGGAAUGGGUCAAGGGACUGAGGCAAUGGGUCAAGGGACUGAGGGAAUGGGUCAAGGGACUGAGGGAAUGGGUCAAGGGACUCAGGGAAUGGGUCAAGGGACUGAGGGAAUGGGUCAAGGGACUGAGGGAAUGGGUCAAGGGACUGAGGGAAUGUCUCAGGGGACUGAGGGAAUGGGUCAGGGGACUGAGGGAAUGGGUCAAGGGACUGAGGGAAUGGGUCAAGGGACUGAGGGAAUGGGUCAAGGGACUCAGGGAAUGGGUCAAGGGACUGAGGGAAUGGGUCAAGGGACUGAGGCAAAGGGUCAAGGGACUGAGAGAAUGGGUCAAGGGACUCAGGGAAUGGGUCAAGGGACUGAGGGAAUGGGUCAAGGGACUGAGGGAAUGGGUGAAGGGACUGAGGGAAUGGGUCAAGGGACUGAGGGAAUGGGUCAAGGGACUGAGGGAAUGGGGACUCAGGGAAUGGGUCAAGGGACUGAGGGAAUGGGUCAAGGGACUGAGGGAAUGGGUCAAGGGACUGAGGGAAUGGGUCAAGGGACUGAGGGAAUGGGUCAAGGGACUGAGGGAAUGGGUCAAGGGACUGAGGGAAUGUCUCAGGGGACUGAGGGAAUGGGUCAGGGGACUGAGGGAAUGGGUCAAGGGACUGAGGGAAUGGGUCAAGGGACUGAGGGAAUGGGUCAAGGGACUCAGGGAAUGGGUCAAGGGACUGAGGGAAUGGGUCAAGGGACUGAGGGAAUGGGUCAAGGGACUGAGGGAAUGUCUCAGGGGACUGAGGGAAUGGGUCAAGGGACUGAGGGAAUGGGUCAAGGGACUCAGGGAAUGGGUCAAGGGACUCAGGGAAUGGGUCAAGGGACUGAGGGAAUGGGUCAAGGGACUGAGGGAAUGUCUCAGGGGACUGAGGGAAUGGGUCAAGGGACUGAGGGAAUGGGUCAAGGGACUCAUGGAAAGGGUCAAGGGACUGAGGGAAUGGGUCAAGGGACUCAGGGAAAGGGUCAAGGGACUGAGGGAAUGGGUCAAGGGACUCAGGGAAUGGGUCAGGGGACUCAGGGAAUGGGUCAAGGGACUCAGGGAAUGGGUCAAGGGACUCAGGGAAAGGGUCAAGGGACUGAGGGAAUGGGUCAAGGGACUCAGGGAAUGGGUCAGGGGACUCAGGGAAUGGGUCAAGGGACUCAGGGAAUGGGUCAAGGGACUGAGGGAAUGGGUCAAGGGACUAAGGGAAUGGGUCAAGGGACUGAGGGAAUGGGUCAAGGGACUAAGGGAAUGGGUCAAGGGACUGAGGCAAUGGGUCAAGGGACUGAGGGAAUGGGUCAAGGGACUCAGGGAAUGGGUCAAGGGACUGAGGGAAUGGGUCAAGGGACUAAGGGAAUGGGUCAAGGGACUGAGGGAAUGGGUCAAGGGACUGAGGCAAUGGGUCAAGGGACUGAGGGAAUGGGUCAAGGGACUCAGGGAAUGGGUCAGGGGACUGAGGGAAUGGGUCAAGGGACUAAGGGAAUGGGUCAAGGGACUGAGGGAAUGUCUCAGGGGACUGAGGGAAUGGGUCAGGGGACUGAGGGAAUGGGUCAAGGGACUGAGGGAAUGGGUCAAGGGACUGAGGGAAUGGGUCAAGGGACUCAGGGAAUGGGUCAAGGGACUGAGGGAACGGGUCAAGGGACUCAGGGAAUGGGUCAGGGGACUGAGGGAAUGGGUCAAGGGACUCAGGGAAUGGGUCAAGGGACUCAGGGAAUGGGUCAAGGGACUGAGGGAAUGGGUCAAGGGACUAAGGGAAUGGGUCAAGGGACUGAGGGAAUGGGUCAAGGGACUGAGGCAAUGGGUCAAGGGACUGAGGGAAUGGGUCAAGGGACUCAGGGAAUGGGUCAGGGGACUGAGGGAAUGGGUCAAGGGACUGAGGGAAUGUCUCAGGGGACUGAGGGAAUGGGUCAGGGGACUGAGGGAAUGGGUCAAGGGACUGAGGGAAUGGGUCAAGGGACUCAGGGAAUGGGUCAAGGGACUGAGGGAAUGGGUCAAGGGACUGAGGCAAUGGGUCAAGGGACUAAGGGAAUGGGUCAAGGGACUGAGGGAAUGGGUCAAGGGACUAAGGGAAUGGGUCAAGGGACUGAGGGAAUGUCUCAGGGGACUGAGGGAAUGGGUCAGGGGACUGAGGGAAUGGGUCAAGGGACUGAGGGAAUGGGUCAAGGGACUGAGGGAAUGGGUCAAGGGACUCAGGGAAUGGGUCAAGGGACUGAGGGAAUGGGUCAAGGGACUGAGGCAAUGGGUCAAGGGACUGAGAGAAUGGGUCAAGGGACUGAGGGAAUGGGUCAAGGGACUGAGGGAAUGGGUCAAGGGACUGAGGGAAUGGGUCAAGGGACUGAGGGAAUGGGUGAAGGGACUGAGGGAAUGGGUCAAGGGACUGAGGGAAUCGGUCAAAAAACUGAGGGAACGGGUAAAGGGACUGAGGGAAUGGGUCAAGGGACAGAGGGAAUGGGUCAAGGGACUGAGGGAAUGGGUCAAGGGACUGAGGGAAUGGGUCAAGGGACUCAGGGAAUGGGUCAAGGGACUGAGGGAAUGGGUCAAGGGACUCAGGGAAUGGGUCAAGGGACUGAGGGAAUGGGUCAAGGGACUGAGGGAAUGGGUCAAGGGAGGACUCAGGGAAUGGGUCAAGGGACUGAGGGAAUGGGUCAAGGGACUGAGGGAAUGGGUCAAGGGACUGAGGGAAUGGGUCAAGGGACUGAGGGAAUGGGUCAAGGGACUGAGGCAAUGGGUCAAGGGACUGAGGGAAUGUCUCAGGGGACUGAGGGAAUGGGUCAGGGGACUGAGGGAAUGGGUCAAGGGACUCAGGGAAUGGGUCAAGGGACUCAGGGAAUGGGUCAAGGGACUGAGGGAAUGGGUCAAGGGACUGAGGGAAUGUCUCAGGGGACUGAGGGAAUGGGUCAAGGGACUGAGGGAAUGGGUCAAGGGACUCAGGGAAUGGGUCAAGGGACUCAUGGAAAGGGUCAAGGGACUGAGGGAAUGGGUCAAGGGACUCAGGGAAAGGGUCAAGGGACUGAGGGAAUGGGUCAAGGGACUCAGGGAAUGGGUCAGGGGACUGAGGGAAUGGGUCAAGGGACUCAGGGAAUGGGUCAAGGGACUCAGGGAAUGGGUCAAGGGACUGAGGGAAUGGGUCAAGGGACUAAGGGAAUGGGUCAAGGGACUGAGGGAAUGGGUCAAGGGACUGAGGCAAUGGGUCAAGGGACUGAGGGAAUGGGUCAAGGGACUCAGGGAAUGGGUCAAGGGACUGAGGGAAUGGGUCAAGGGACUGAGGGAAUGGGUCAAGGGACUCAGGGAAUGGGUCAGGGGACUGAGGGAAUGGGUCAAGGGACUCAGGGAAUGGGUCAAGGGACUCAGGGAAUGGGUCAAGGGACUGAGGGAAUGGGUCAAGGGACUAAGGGAAUGGGUCAAGGGACUGAGGGAAUGGGUCAAGGGACUGAGGGAAUGGGUCAAGGGACUAAGGGAAUGGGUCAAGGGACUGAGGGAAUGUCUCAGGGGACUGAGGGAAUGGGUCAGGGGACUGAGGGAAUGGGUCAAGGGACUGAGGGAAUGGGUCAAGGGACUGAGGGAAUGGGUCAAGGGACUCAGGGAAUGGGUCAAGGGACUGAGGGAAUGGGUCAAGGGACUGAGGCAAUGGGUCAAGGGACUGAGAGAAUGGGUCAAGGGACUCAGGGAAUGGGUCAAGGGACUGAGGGAAUGGGUCAAGGGACUGAGGGAAUGGGUGAAGGGACUGAGGGAAUGGGUCAAGGGACUGAGGGAAUCGGUCAAAAAACUGAGGGAACGGGUAAAGGGACUGAGGGAAUGGGUCAAGGGACAGAGGGAAUGGGUCAAGGGACUGAGGGAAUGGGUCAAGGGACUGAGGGAAUGGGUCAAGGGACUCAGGGAAUGGGUCAAGGGACUGAGGGAAUGGGUCAAGGGACUCAGGGAAUGGGUCAAGGGACUGAGGGAAUGGGUCAAGGGACUGAGGGAAUGGGUCAAGGGAGGACUCAGGGAAUGGGUCAAGGGACUGAGGGAAUGGGUCAAGGGACUGAGGGAAUGGGUCAAGGGACUGAGGGAAUGGGUCAAGGGACUGAGGGAAUGGGUCAAGGGACUGAGGCAAUGGGUCAAGGGACUGAGGGAAUGGGUCAAGGGACUGAGGGAAUGUCUCAGGGGACUGAGGGAAUGGGUCAGGGGACUGAGGGAAUGGGUCAAGGGACUGAGGGAAUGGGUCAAGGGACUCAGGGAAUGGGUCAGGGGACUGAGGGAAUGGGUCAAGGGACUCAGGGAAUGGGUCAAGGGACUCAGGGAAUGGGUCAAGGGACUGAGGGAAUGGGUCAAGGGACUGAGGCAAUGGGUCAAGGGACUGAGGGAAUGGGUCAAGGGACUCAGGGAAUGGGUCAGGGGACUGAGGGAAUGGGUCAAGGGACUCAGGGAAUGGGUCAAGGGACUGAGGGAAUGGGUCAAGGGACUGAGGGAAUGGGUCAAGGGACUAAGGGAAUGGGUCAAGGGACUGAGGGAAUGUCUCAGGGGACUGAGGGAAUGGGUCAGGGGACUGAGGGAAUGGGUCAAGGGACUGAGGGAAUGGGUCAAGGGACUGAGGGAAUGGGUCAAGGGACUCAGGGAAUGGGUCAAGGGACUGAGGGAAUGGGUCAAGGGACUGAGGCAAUGGGUCAAGGGACUGAGAGAAUGGGUCAAGGGACUCAGGGAAUGGGUCAAGGGACUGAGGGAAUGGGUCAAGGGACUGAGGGAAUGGGUGAAGGGACUGAGGGAAUGGGUCAAGGGACUGAGGGAAUCGGUCAAAAAACUGAGGGAACGGGUAAAGGGACUGAGGGAAUGGGUCAAGGGACAGAGGGAAUGGGUCAAGGGAGUGAGGGAAUGGGUCAAGGGACUCAGGGAAUGGGUCAAGGGACUGAGGGAAUGGGUCAAGGGACUGAGGGAAUGGGUCAAGGGACUGAGGGAAUGGGUCAAGGGAGGACUCAGGGAAUGGGUCAAGGGACUGAGGGAAUGGGUCAAGGGACUGAGGGAAUGGGUCAAGGGACUGAGGGAAUGGGUCAAGGGACUGAGGGAAUGGGUCAAGGGAGUGAGGGAAUGGGUCAAGGGACUCAGGGAAUGGGUCAAGGGACUGAGGGAAUGGGUCAAGGGACUGAGGGAAUGGGUCAAGGGACUGAGGGAAUGGGUCAAGGGAGUGAGGGGAUGGGUCAAGGGACUGAGGGAAUGGGUCAAGGGACUCAGGGAAUGGGUCAAGGGACUGAGGGAAUGGGUCAAGAGACUGAGGGAAUGGGGACUCAGGGAAUGGGUCAAGGGACUGAGGGAAUGGGUCAAGGGACUGAGGGAAUGGGUCAAGGGACUGAGGGAAUGGGUCAAGGGACUGAGGCAAUGGGUCAAGGGACUGAGGGAAUGUCUCAGGGGACUGAGGGAAUGGGUCAGGGGACUGAGUGAAUGGGUCAAGGGACUCAGGGAAUGGGUCAAGGGACUCAGGGAAUGGGUCAAGGGACUGAGGGAAUGGGUCAAGGGACUGAGGGAAUGUCUCAGGGGACUGAGGGAAUGGGUCAGGGGACUGAGGGAAUGGGUCAAGGGACUGAGGGAAUGGGUCAAGGGACUGAGGGAAUGGGUCAAGGGACUCAGGGAAUGGGUCAAGGGACUCAUGGAAAGGGUCAAGGGACUGAGGGAAUGGGUCAAGGGACUCAGGGAAAGGGUCAAGGGACUGAGGGAAUGGGUCAAGGGACUGAGGGAAUGGGUCAAGGGACUCAGGGAAAGGGUCAAGGGACUGAGGGAAUGGGUCAAGGGACUGAAGGAAUGGGUCAAGGGACUGAGGCAAUGGGUCAAGGGACUGAGGCAAUGGGUCAAGGGACUGAGGGAAUGUCUCAGGGGACUGAGGGAAUGGGUCAGGGGACUGAGGGAAUGGGUCAAGGGACUGAGGGAAUGGGUCAAGGGACUGAGGGAAUGGGUCAAGGGACUGAGGGAAUGGGUCAAGGGACUCAGGGAAUGGGUCAAGGGACUCAGGGAAUGGGUCAGGGGACUGAGGGAAUGGGUCAAGGGACUGAGGGAAUGGGUCAAGGGACUGAGGCAAUGGGUCAAGGGACUCAGGGAAUGGGUCAAGGGACUGAGGGAAUGGGUCAAGGGAGUGAGGGAAUGGGUCAAGGGACUCAGGGAAUGGGUCAAGGGACUCAGGGAAUGGGUCAAGGGACUGAGGGAAUGGGUCAAGGGAGUGAGGGAAUGGGUCAAGGGACUGAGGGAAUGGGUCAAGGGAGUGAGGGAAUGGGUCAAGGGAGUGAGGGAAUGGGUCAAGGGACUCAGGGAAUGGGUCAAGGGACUGAGGGAAUGGGUCAAGGGAGUGAGGGGAUGGGUCAAGGGACUCAUGGAAAGGGUCAAGGGACUGAGGGAAUGGGUCAGGGGACUGAGGGAAUGGGUCAAGGGACUGAGGGAAUGGGUCAAGGGAGGACUGAGGGAAUGGGUCAAGGGACUCAGGGAAUGGGUCAGGGGACUGAGGGAAUGGGUCAAGGGACUGAGGGAAUGGGUCAAGGGACUGAGGGAAUGGGUCAAGGGACUGAGGGAAUGGGUCAAGGGACUGAGGCAAUGGGUCAAGGGACUGAGAGAAUGGGUCAAGGGACUCAGGGAAUGGGUCAAGGGACUGAGGGAAUGGGUGAAGGGACUGAGGGAAUGGGUCAAGGGACUGAGGGAAUCGGUCAAAAAACUGAGGGAACGGGUAAAGGGACUGAGGGAAUGGGUCAAGGGACAGAGGGAAUGGGUCAAGGGACAGAGGGAAUGGGUCAAGGGACUGAGGGAAUGGGUCAAGGGACUCAGGGAAUGGGUCAAGGGACUGAGGGAAUGGGUCAAGGGAGUGAGGGAAUGGGUCAAGGGACUGAGGGAAUGGGUCAAGGGAGUGAGGGGAUGGGUCAAGGGACUGAGGGAAUGGGUCAAGGGACUGAGGGAAUGGGUCAAGGGACUGAGGGAAUGGGUCAAGGGACUGAGGGAAUGGGUCAAGGGACUGAGGGAAUGGGUCAAGGGACUCAGGGAAUGGGUCAAGGGACUGAGGGAAUGGGUCAAGGGAGUGAGGGAAUGGGUCAAGGGACUGAGGGAAUGGGUCAAGGGAGUGAGGGGAUGGGUCAAGGGACUGAGGGAAUGGGUCAAGGGACUGAGGGAAUGGGUCAAGGGACUGAGGGAAUGGGUCAAGGGACUCAGGGAAUGGGUCAAGGGACUCAGGGAAUGGGUCAAGAGACUCAUGGAAAGGGUCAAGGGACUGAGGGAAUGGGUCAAGGGACUGAGGGAAUGGGUCAAGGGACUGAGGGAAUGGGUCAAGGGACUGAGGGAAUGGGUCAAGGGACUGAGGGAAUGGGUCAAGGGACUGAGGCAAUGGGUCAAGGGACUGAGGGAAUGUCUCAGGGGACUGAGGGAAUGGGUCAGGGGACUGAGUGAAUGGGUCAAGGGACUCAGGGAAUGGGUCAAGGGACUCAGGGAAUGGGUCAAGGGACUGAGGGAAUGGGUCAAGGGACUGAGGGAAUGUCUCAGGGGACUGAGGGAAUGGGUCAGGGGACUGAGGGAAUGGGUCAAGGGACUGAGGGAAUGGGUCAAGGGACUGAGGGAAUGGGUCAAGGGACUGAGGGAAUGGGUCAAGGGACUGAGGGAAUGGGUCAAGGGACUCAUGGAAUGGGUCAAGGGACUGAGGGAAUGGGUCAAGGGACUCAGGGAAUGGGUCAAGGGACUGAGGGAAUGGGUCAAGGGACUGAGGGAAUGGGUCAAGGGACUGAGGGAAUGGGUCAAGGGACUGAGGGAAUGGGUCAAGGGACUGAGGGAAUGGGUCAAGGGACUCAGGGAAUGGGUCAAGAGACUCAUGGAAAGGGUCAAGGGACUGAGGGAAUGGGUCAAGGGACUGAGGGAAUGGGUCAAGGGACUGAGGGAAUGGGUCAAGGGACUGAGGGAAUGGGUCAAGGGACUCAGGGAAUGGGUCAAGGGACUCAUGGAAAGGGUCAAGGGACUGAGGGAAUGGGUCAAGGGACUCAGGGAAAGGGUCAAGGGACUGAGGGAAUGGGUCAAGGGACUGAGGGAAUGGGUCAAGGGACUCAGGGAAAGGGUCAAGGGACUGAGGGAAUGGGUCAAGGGACUGAAGGAAUGGGUCAAGGGACUGAGGGAAUGGGUCAAGGGACUGAGGCAAUGGGUCAAGGGACUGAGGGAAUGGGUCAAGGGACUGAGGGAAUGUCUCAGGGGACUGAGGGAAUGGGUCAAGGGACUGAGGGAAUGGGUCAAGGGACUCAGGGAAUGGGUCAAGGGACUCAGGGAAUGGGUCAGGGGACUGAGGGAAUGGGUCAAGGGACUGAGGGAAUGGGUCAAGGGACUGAGGCAAUGGGUCAAGGGACUCAGGGAAUGGGUCAAGGGACUGAGGGAAUGGGUCAAGGGAGUGAGGGAAUGGGUCAAGGGACUCAGGGAAUGGGUCAAGGGACUCAGGGAAUGGGUCAAGGGACUGAGGGAAUGGGUCAAGGGAGUGAGGGAAUGGGUCAAGGGACUGAGGGAAUGGGUCAAGGGAGUGAGGGAAUGGGUCAAGGGAGUGAGGGAAUGGGUCAAGGGAGUGAGGGGAUGGGUCAAGGGACUCAUGGAAAGGGUCAAGGGACUGAGGGAAUGGGUCAGGGGACUGAGGGAAUGGGUCAAGGGAGUGAGGGAAUGGGUCAAGGGAGGACUGAGGGAAUGGGUCAAGGGACUGAGGGAAUGGGUCAAGGGACUGAGGGAAUGGGUCAAGGGACUCAGGGAAUGGGUCAAGGGACUCAUGGAAAGGGUCAAGGGACUGAGGGAAUGGGUCAAGGGACUGAGGGAAUGGGUCAAGGGACUGAGGGAAUGGGUCAAAGGACUAAGGGAAUGGGUCAAGGGACUGAGGGAAUGUCUCAGGGGACUGAGGGAAUGGGUCAGGGGACUGAGGGAAUGGGUCAAGGGACUGAGGGAAUGGGUCAAGGGACUGAGGGAAUGGGUCAAGGGACUGAGGGAAUGGGUCAAGGGACUGAGGGAAUGGGUCAAGGGACUGAGGGAAUGUCUCAGGGGACUGAGGGAAUGGGUCAAGGGACUGAGGGAAUGGGUCAAGGGACUGAGGGAAUGGGUCAAGGGACUAAGGGAAUGGGUCAAGGGACUGAGGGAAUGUCUCAGGGGACUGAGGGAAUGGGUCAGGGGACUGAGGGAAUGGGUCAAGGGACUGAGGGAAUGGGUCAAGGGACUGAGGGAAUGGGUCAAGGGACUGAGGGAAUGGGUCAAGGGACUGAGGGAAUGGGUCAAGGGACUGAGGGAAUGGGUCAAGGGACUCAGGGAAUGGGUCAAGGGACUGAGGGAAUGGGUCAAGGGACUGAGGGAAUGGGUCAAGGGACUCAGGGAAUGGGUCAAGGGACUGAGGGAAUGGGUCAAGGGACUGAGGGAAUGGGUCAAGGGACUCAGGGAAUGGGUCAAGGGACUGAGGGAAUGGGUCAAGGGAGUGAGGGAAUGGGUCAAGGGACUCAGGGAAUGGGUCAAGGGACUGAGGGAAUGGGUCAAGGGACUGAGGGAAUGGGUCAAGGGAGUGAGGGGAUGGGUCAAAGGACUGAGGGAAUGGGUCAAGGGACUCAGGGAAUGGGUCAAGGGACUGAGGGAAUGGGUCAAAGGACUGAGGGAAUGGGUCAAGGGACUGAGGGAAUGGGUCAAAGGACUGAGGGAAUGGGUCAAGGGACUCAGGGAAUGGGUCAAGGGACUGAGGGAAUGGGUCAAGGGACUGAGGGAAUGGGUCAAGGGACUGAGGGAAUGGGUCAAGGGACUGAGGCAAUGGGUCAAGGGACUGAGAGAAUGGGUCAAGGGACUGAGGGAAUGUCUCAGGGGACUGAGGGAAUGGGUCAGGGGACUGAGGGAAUGGGUCAAGGGACUGAGGGAAUGGGUCAAGGGACUGAGGGAAUGGGUCAAGGGACUGAGGGAAUGGGUCAAGGGACUCAGGGAAUGGGUCAAGGGACUCAUGGAAAGGGUCAAGGGACUGAGGGAAUGGGUCAAGGGACUGAGGCAAUGGGUCAAGGGACUGAGGGAAUGGGUCAAGGGACUGAGGCAAUGGGUCAAGGGACUGAGGGAAUGGGUCAAAGGACUGAGGGAAUGGGUCAAGGGACUGAGGGAAUGGGUCAAGGGACUGAGGGAAUGGGUCAAGGGACUGAGGGAAUGGGUCAAAGGACUGAGGGAAUGGGUCAAGGGACUCAGGGAAUGGGUCAAGGGACUCAGGGAAUGGGUCAAGGGACUGAGGGAAUGGGUCAAGGGACUAAGGGAAUGGGUCAAGGGACUCAGGGAAUGGGUCAAGGGACUGAGGGAAUGGGUCGAGGGACUCAGGGAAUGGGUCAAGGGACUAAGGGAAUGGGUCAAGGGACUGAGGGAAUGGGUCAAGGGACUGAGGGAAUGGGUCAAGGGACUGAGGGAAUAG